AUGCCACGAUCCAGCUCCUCUAGAACUGGCCGCACGCACAAAGGCAAAAAGAGCCUAGAAGCACCGCCUAAGGAGAAGAAAAUACCACCACCUUGUGGAGCUCUGACACAUUCCCUCGUUCCAUGCAAAAACCGAGCGAAUAUCAAGGCUUCGCGCAAAAUUCCCGUCUGCUGGGCCCAUCGGAAACAGGGAGAGACCGUAACUCGCUGCCAGGCAGUGCUUGAGAACAGUCGCAAGUGCCUCAAAAAGAUACCCUGGUCUGAAAGACGACAGGUUUGCACCGAACAUGCGGAUUCGCCUCUGCCAUGCUUCAUCUUCCGUCUACCGAUUGAACUCCGCCAACAGAUAUUCUCAUAUAUUCUUAACGAGUAUCAGAAAGAAUAUGUUCCACUCUAUACGUACUUUAGUAUUCUGCACAUGGCGCAACUAAAUCGCCAAAUUUACCAGGAAGCAUGCGAUCUGCUCCAUCGAAAACUUGUAUGCAAAAUUUCCUUACGGAACGACAAUAUAUCCAUACUCGGAAAAAACUGCCUGUCAGUACGACCUGGCUCGUGGCAACGUUUCAAACAAUUUCACUUCCAGUUUACCGUUGAAAUGCAGGAAGCAACCGUUAACAAUCUUAUGCUUAUUGUACCGCUGAUUCGUGAUUCCUGCAUGAAGCUCUCUAUUGACCCUUUAUAUAUGACAUUGUGGCAUACCUUUCGUGGCUUCGAGCGUACUAUGGACGCUUUACAGUCAUACUUGGAUAUUUUUCGACAGUUGAGGGGAGUGAGAGAAGCCCGAGUGGACUUUGGCCUUGACUUAAACACUAAGUUGAGGAUAUACCGACGGAAUAAACUGGAGGUGGAGGCUAUAAUGGCCUUUAAGUCAAAGUGGGAAAGUUAUUACAAACAGUGGGUUGAAGACCUGGAGCGUGGGCAUUCUGCGGAUGAUUCCUGAAAUCAAUCAUUCUAAUCAAGGAACCCACGAACGGAAAAAGAACCGGCUUGCAGAAAAAAUCCUCUUUCCCAUGAUGCAAAGCCACUAACUACACUCCCAGUAUUAUUUAGCAUGUCAAACGACACACCUAUUUCCACCCGACCUCGGCGAGCUAGUAAGCUCGAAGAGAAUAGAAGGGAUAAGAGGGAACGAGUGCUUUACAGAAUAGUCACAGAAUUCAUGAUCACAUAUCUAGAUAAAGCAUUCUCAACCAAGAGAAUUCCAUAAUGAAAGGUCGUAAAAUGUUGGUAACCUAAUUAUCCCAAGCAUCAUACCAUCUAUUCGGACGCAUUGUUAGUGGCUGAAAAAGUGCAUAUUCGCCUCUAAUAGAACAUCAGUCUGUAUUAAGAACACAAUACUAGCUUCCAGAACGGUAUUUCUACACUGAUGGAAAGAUGGAACUCUUCGUAGAAGCGUCUUUUGUGAUAAUUGAGAAGGAUUGGACGGUUGUUCAUCAAUAAACCGUCCUGUGUAGCUAACUGGCUACCUGCGCGUAAAUAUUGACGAUAAUUGACAAUAUAGCCAGCUGGAAAUAGUGCGAACUAUGCAACCGUAAAGUAUAUCUAACAGACGGUAGAUACGGGAUGGCUGAUUUCGACAAAAUGGGAGGAGGAAGCUAUGUCAUCGGCUAACCAUCUCGCGGCUGCUGCCUUGCUGAUGUUGAUGUGACACCGGUGAGGCUCUGUCGAGAAGUUACCCGAGGACGGGAGCGGCAGAGCGGCGAUAGGUAUGGCGCUUUACCCAAUUCGGAUAGUGACAACGAUGUGUUAUCGUAUUUAAGUUUUAUUAGGCAGCAGCAUGACUAAUCGCAUCACCUGACCAACACUCCCCUUUGGACUAACUGUGCCGACUCUCUUCGAA